AUGAGUAAUAAAGAGAAUGAAGUUCCUAUUCGAUUGGCUGUCUUAGGUGGGUCUGCAACAGGAAAAUCGUCUUUAGUGUCAAGACUAACAAUGGAUGUAGUCCAUGAGCAACAUUACCCAACUAGAAAACAAACAAACUGGCUGUUUUUAUUUGAGCCUGCAGAUCCCAUUGCCAGAACGCUUCUGGAUGAACAAGCUCAUGAGAGAAUAAUAAUCAAUAACGAAAGUAUCGAGUCUCCAGUUUUCAAAUCACCCCAGAUAUCCCCGCAUCUGCUACUUUCACCUCUUGUUUUCCAGAGCUUUAUUAACGAUUGGAAAGUAUCAAAAGCACAACUGGAAAGUGGAGUUAAGCCAGACAGCGGCAAACUUAUAACUAGCAAUGGGCUGUAUUCCUAUGAAAAAUGGUCUAAUGAUUGCAAGUCUUCUCUUCGAAGAGCAUCUACGGCCACACUCAACAACUCUACUCCUACGCCGGUACUACCGAAGGGCUACAGACCUCCAAUGUAUACACCAAUAUCAAUAGAUAUUAUCGAUACCCCUGGAUUUCGUCCAGAUAUGGUGGUACCCUUUUUAGAGGUGUCAAUGUUUCGUAAUUUGGACAAAGAUAUCUUGAAAGGAUUAGCAAGUGAACCACGGAGACCGGUCUCAACAACGAGUUUGCUCGUUGCUUCUGGGGCGUCCGAAUUGAAUGGGAAAGUGAAUGGCUACAUUUUUGUUUACAGUGCGGUGCCGGAGUUGAAUCAUGGUGUUUAUCCUCCGGGAUAUGAAAACGCCAACAAUGAUUCAAGAACAACGCCUAAGGAAGGAGACGAUGAGUCGAAACCACCAAGUGGCACCUCCACACAUCGUGAUUCGGUUUCUUCUUCGAAGAGCUCGACAUCUGACAGAAAGUGCUCCUGGUCUUCGUACGAAAACGAAGAAGAUGGUGGCUUUUCGUUGCUGUCAAUAAUUAGAAAUUGCAUUCUCGACGCAUGGACUGAAUUUCGUGACUAUCAGCAUCGUUGGGCACAAGGAAAAGAAGGUGACGUAUAUUCUUUAAUGUACAAUCUUAAGCAAAUGUGGAAAAAUCAGAGUGAACGUAAUGAGAAAUUAAAACAGCUUCGCUCCUACAAGACGAAAUUGGAUUCUAUUGAUUUAGAUGAAGCAUCUCCAGACUCCCCACCUCCAGUGAUGAUUGUUUGCACUCAUACCAAAGAUAUUCUAUCGAGCCCUGUGUUGAUCGAGUGGGGAAGAAAUUUAGCUCUUGAGUGGAAAUGUGGCUUUGUUGCCCUAGACAGCGUCGAAAAUUACAAUGUAGACGUUGCUGUAAGCUUAUUACUAAGAGAAGUAAUGGAAAAGGAAAGAUUAUUACAAUCAUCAAGCAAGGGUAAAGGCAAAAAAGGCUUGAAAAAGAUAGUAAAGGGAUGA